CGGUUUCAGCUAUGGUGGUCAUGUGCCUCUCUGUUCUUCAACCAUAAAUGUACUUCUCAUCUGUUUAGUUGGUGAUAAUGAAAAUGAAGGAAACAGAAAUGGGGUUGGAGGGUGUGGUGAAGAAAGGCAUGGAGUUGGGGGAGAUGGCAUUCAACAAAGACGGUGGAGUCAUCAACUGGUUCCUCGCUCACAUGGCUGCCGCCACCCGCGCCAUCCGCCAACGUCUCAAGCUCUCCGUCCUCGUCAUCAAACCGACUAUGGCUGGGCUCCGUUACUCAAGCUCGACAAUGAUGAGAUACAAGCAUCUUGCUCGAGCACGAGCUGAAACAACUUGCUGGAGCACGAGCACGAGCUGCGAAAUGUCGAGGUGCAAAAUGCUGGACCAUGAGCUGCAAGCUGCCGAGGUCAACCACCAGCUGCAGAGCUCAAACAUUUGCUGCCGAGGUCGAGCACAAAGUGCAAAAAUCAAACAUGAGCAGCCAAGGUCAGCCACGAGCUGUAGAGGUCAAGCACGAAGUGCAGAGCUCAAACAUGAGCUGCUGAGGUUAACCACGAGCUGCAGAGCUCACACUUGCUGCCGAGGUCGAGCACAAAGUGCAGAACUUAAGCACGAGCUGCAGAGUUCAAACAUUUAUAGCCAAGGUCAGCCACAAGCUGCAGAGGUCAAGCACGAAGUGUAGAGCUCAAACAUGAGCUGCCGAGGUCAACCACGAGCUACAGAGCUCAAACACUUGCUGCCAAGGUCAAGCCCGAAGUGCAUAACUUGAGC